GUUGAUACGUCAUGAUGAAGUCCUUGGUGUGUCUCUUCCUCUGGUUUUCUACACUGCAAAUAAGUACAAGUAAAAGGGGACCAAUUGCUCCUCAGCCAGGUGAUUUUGUUACGUGUCGUUUAAGUGACGAUCUUAAGGAGAAAUUCUUAGACUUGCACAACACUUUGAGAGGACAGGUACAGCCCAGUGCGGCGGACAUGGAGUAUCUGGUGAGUUUUUGUGCUGUUGACUGCACUAUCACGCAUGCUAGGUUAGAGAGUGAACAGUUCAGUCUCGCUCUUAUCGGUUACACACAAAAAUUCUAUUCAUUAACUGAAGCCUAGUUACGAUUAUAGGAGUGGAAUGAUGACCUUGGUAACCUGGCUCAGAUGUGGUCAGAUCAAUGUGAGUGGAUGCAUGGCUUUACCAAGUUUGGAGCCUGGCACCCAAAUGUAGCCUUCCGAAGCAAAACUGUAGGUAAGAAAUAAAAGUGAAGAAUAAAUGAAUGAAGAGAGUGAAGAGUCGUGGAUGAGAGGACAACAGACGUGCCCUCUUACAAUACAUUUUAUAAUGUGACCAGUGAGCUCGGACGUCAGCAUACGAAGGCGCCACUGGCAGCCGCUUUCAGUCCAUUUAUGAGCUUACUGUACCCACCCAACCCAAGAUGUGAAUGAUGUGAUGUGUGAAGGUUGACCACAACAUCAGGGUAUACGUCCCACAUGCUCGGUGUUUUUUUUAUUUUUAUUUUUUUUGAUACUUAAGUUUUUUAUUCACUUGCGUUUGCACGGGAAUCAAACGCGAUCCCGCGGCGAAUGAGCGUGAUAUCGCCUGGUAAAGACAAGGAAAUGCUAGGGCUGCAUCAAAGUGGAAAUUACACACUAUUAUUUACCCUGAAUAAAUAGACAAAGUUUCAGUUUGAUCAAGCUCAAACUUUACAAGUACAAGAAAGCUGAGUCUUUUACUUUUUUAAGAAAAUAUUUUGAUUUCUUGGGAACACUUUUAAGAUCUUCAGGUUCCUCCAAACCAAGGAUAAUAAUACUAGUCUUUCUAUUAUCCAUGGCUCAACAUAGCUGUAGCUUCGUUUUAGUGUGCAAACUCUCGCAAGCUUGCAAUUUAAGACCACUGGUACGAAAACAAUAAACGAGUAGUAAUCUAUUUGAAAUCUUAAAGCAGAAUCCCGGUUUAAGUGCACCUAAUGACAGUAACUACAGGUACUAAUAACUCACUGUUUAGUUGACAAGGCUGUAAACCCUUAAAAUCUGUCUCUUUUCAAACUGCCGAUAAUCAGGGCAAAACCUGGCGCGAGAAUGGGGAAAGUGGAUUGACAACAAAAACGCUGGGCCUGAGGACUCCGUGCGUAGAUGGUUCAAUGAGAGAGAUUAUUAUUCAUUUGGCAAAUUUGCUUAUCCAAUGCCACAGAGCAUGUGCACUAGAAAGCCGUGUGGACACUACACUCAGGUACUACUUGAUCGUCCUAUUUUGGUAAAUAGUUCAGCGAAGUGAACCUUGAAAAAGUCUACGUCAUUCAGGUCAAAAUGACCGGGCCUGCCAUGGCCGGCCGGCCAGUUCUGAAUUUUGGAGAGCUCCCUCAGACUUAUCUUAAUGAGGGGCGGAUCCAGAAAAUUAUAACCAGCCAAUACUUUCGAUCCUUGUGCACUUUAUCAUGAUGCCUUUUGCAGGACAUGUGACAUUCUACUCGUGAUGAACCAGGCUCUAAAACAUUUUUCUCUUGUGUUGUCAAGCGAGAACAAAAUGAUUUCGUCCAGUUUUAGUCAAUUUAAACAUGGUUGCAAGGCACCGUCACAGUGCUAAGUCGUUGGAACGUUAUUUCCUGUUUUUAAGCAUACGAAAAGAGAGUUGUUCAUGCAACUCUAGGGUUGUAAUUAGUAAUUGACCUCAAAGCACUUAGGGAAGUACUUUACUCCGGUCUGAUAGAUGGGGGUUCCAGACACCUCCCACCCCCGCCCUAAAGUUCCCAAUGUAAAUACCGUGCAACGCAAGCACAUACUCUUUUACUUCUAAAGAAAGUUCAGGUUUCUUAAUUCAGUUAGUUUUAUCUUUUUUCAGGUUGUCUGGGCAAGUAGCAAAAAAUUGGGCUGUGCCUUCAAAUGGUGUGAUAAGUACUUCGGCACGCCACACCCCUGGGUACCUGGAGAGACUGUUGUCACUUGUGACUACUACCCAAGGUAAAUACUUAACCAGCUAUUUAUGAUACCAAUAUUGGCCAGUAUCAAGUGAUGAGGAGAAUGGGUACAAGCUGUUGGUGCAACGAUUCAUUGCACUAGUUUGGAUGAACGAGCGUUUAUCAUGGUUGGCAAGAGUCUAUGGUCAGUAGUAACCAAGGCAACCUUAUACCAAUCAUUCAAUUCUGUCAAUUCAAAGGAUCCCAGAGACCUCUGCGCCGAAAGGUUGUACUUAUUCUCCCAUCCGUUUAUGAAACGAUGAAUUGUGUAGUAUUAAAUCCAGAGUACACGUAUUCCUUUCCACUCAUGAGAACAUGCCUACAAAUUAAGCCAAACUGUUCAUAACACUUUUCAGAAUUUUACAAAUUUGAUUUUUCGAGAGCUGAAAUUCUGGCUCUCACAAGCGUCAGUCUUCAUUAAUACACAAAAAACCGGAAUUUCAUCCUAUACUAUAAAUGAGAAGAUAAGAAUGAGCUCUAAAAUGUCGCUUUGAGUAUACUGGAGAAGCAGAAUUUCUGUUAACUAUGGAUUUGUUGCAGCGGUAACGUGGUUGGUCAGUUUCCCUAUACACCUGGCCCACCCUGCUCCAAAUGUGCUAGUGGAAAAGGAUGGUGUUACAAGAAUCUCUGCAGUGAGUACACUGAUGACUAUACUUUCUACACAACUCACAGUUAUUUUAGGGUGAAAACUUAACAGAACUUCCAUCGAGAACUUUUGCGAUUAAGCAACACAACAUUUUCUUGCAAUCGAGAUUCGCUCCUCCUUAAUGUAUAGACCUUUCUCUCUGAUGAUUAUUUGUCUGUGCGAAUUUUUUUUUUCUAGAUUAGUUAUUGCAAACUCAGUAUAAUAUUUCGUCGAUCGUCUAUAUAAAAAAGACUUUUACAUAACAAAUCUCGCAUCAAUUUCCUAGUAUUUUGGCAAAGUUUUUCGGCGAAAUCCGGCGAGAACUCACUGGACUGAGAGGCGAAGUUAAUUCACAGUAUCAUGUACGGUGCACUCAGUUUUCUCAAGAAAGAAGAAUGGGUCAGAGAAGGAACCUUAGGGCGUUGGCCGGGAUAUGCGAAUUUCGCUUAAGUUAUUUUUAGGGAUUGUAAUUUAAUCCCUGCGACGUCCAUUUUAAUCGAUUAUUUAAAACGUAAUCAAGUCCAUCCGCAUUUGUCUCUGCAGUAUAUUGUAAUGGAGACAUGCUAAGAGAGUAUGAUGUCCCAUCGGGAAGCUUAAGCUACCACGACGAUGACGACAUCGACAACGUCCAAAAACAAUUGAUUUUAUGAGCAAAACAACAGCUUUGCACGUGCAUAACGCUUUGAGUAUAUUUCUUUGACGUCUACUGCACGACUACGACUUAAACUAACGUUUUCUGGAGGACGUGAACAUACGAGGACGAACUUUCCUUUUUUGAACCUGGAUAAAGCCCGUAAGAAUUCAACUCUAGGGAAAAAUGGCCUACAUUUAACAAAUAGAGCGGGUCCAAAUAGACGCGAUAAAGUUUGAAAGGACGCAAAUUCAUUGUUUUAUGUACGUUUUUUUUUUUGGUUCCGUCGUUGCUUGAGCCCCCUAUUAUUAUCUCUUGACAACACUGAAUAAAAAAUUCGGACCCCCCUGGAAACCAACGUUUAGUUGGUCUAAGAUUAACUUUGGUGAAAUUCACAAAACUAGACUGGGCGUUUCCUUCUCGGUCCCUCUUUGUACCAUAUUAGAGAGCUUCAGAUUUGGGGACGAGAACGAGAUUUAACUUAAAGUUUUUUGCGCGUGCAUGUUCUCAAAAAAAGACACCGCGGAAAGCUUCAUUUUACCUUUUUUCACCAAAAAAGCUUGUACGCUUAUUUAUACUGAAGGAGGUUAAGCCCUUUCCCGAUAGCAAAAUCUUAGAACUUCUUACAUUUGAUAACUUGUUCACGCCACUACGGCAUUCGCGCUAAAUGCCGUUGUACAAUGACAACGGCUUUCACGUUUUCCCACCAAAAUGACGGAGGCUCACGCGCACGCAAUACCUAUAGUAUUGAGAAAACCUCGUACUCGUAGUCGUCCUCGAAUCUUAUAAAGCUCUCUAUCCUCUUGUGUACAAAGGCACACAUUUCUCAAAGUUCAUGAUUGUGAUUAUUCUAAAAGGCUCCAGAGGCUCAAUAAAGUGUGAAUCCCAACCUGUAACCAGUUGUCAGUGAAAUUCUGUGAAGCGGCCGUCGAUGGAUAGAUAAAAUAAAAAUAUAGCUAAUUUAUUCUGUUCACAGGAGAGUGCAAGGAUUUCAGCCCCAAAUGUGGAGGGACAUACACGAAAGGCAUGUGUCUCUCACAUAAAGAUCUCAUGGAAAAACGCUGCCCUCAGAUGUGCAACAUGUGUAGUGAGUAGCUUCACAGUAGUUUCUAAAUAAAAACGAAGACAACAGAAGACGCGGACGUUAUAAUGCUUUUUUUUUACUAAAAACUCGCAGUUAGAAUCUUAAUGAUACACAGGACGGGGGAUGAAAUCAUUUGCCUCAUGAUUUAGUCACACAGAUAUGAUCGCGAUACGUUUCGACUGUUUACUAUUAUUACAUAGUCAAGCGGCUAGAUUAGCAUCACCCUUUGCAGAGAAAUGGUCAGCUGUGAUUGGUGGAUUCCGCUUCUGGGGCCUGUUUCUAGAAAGUCCCGGUAACUUUAAGAGACGGAAAUCAAAUAUUCAGAUCCAAAUCUAAAGAACAAAAACGCGGUUCCCAGCUAAGAAACCUCUACAUUUUGUUUCACGGCUUUACUUAUAGUUUUAUCAUAUUCAAUUCAAAUUUUAUCUGCAAAACUACUAUUGAAACAACGAUCUUUUCUGUAAACGACAACAGCAUUUCGUGCCCGUUUUUAUUAUCGGGACUCAGUUCGAGAAACAGGUCCCAGAAGCGAAUCCAAUACAACUGACAACUGAGCCUAUUUUUUAUAAUCUCUUGCCAUAAAAAUAAUUUCUAUCCCAGAAUGUCAAUUACAAUGCAAGAAUGGAGGGCAAAUCGAUCGAAAAACUUGUACCUGUACGUGUUACGGAAAGUGGAAAGGCUCCGAUUGCACUGGUAAGGACUAAGCUGCUUUGCUUUGUGCAUGUUUUCGUGCAGAAUAAUAAUUUCUUGGUGCACUAGGCUAAUGGAGAGGAUGCAAUUUUCUUAAGUAAGGAGUUUGUUCACAGACCGUUGACAAAUUUACAUGUUACUCUUUUCCUUAGAGAAGAUCUGUGAUCAAGGAUGGUAUGGGAAGAACUGCGAAAGUAAGUUUUCACACAGUAUCAUGAACAACUCUCAUGUCAAAAAGUAAAACUAGGUCCCUUCCUCACCCCCCCCCCCCCUCCCCUUUCCCCUUCGAAGUCUGAUUUUCAACUAAUUGGACUCCGCAACGCAGGCUAAAACCUGGUGCGCGCAAAAGAUAACUAGAUUGAGUGGAUUAAGAAGCCAUUGAAGUUAUCAAAAACAGACUUUAGUGCGUGCGAAACAAGUUUAAUGUGAAUUGUUGCUCUGACACUAUGGUAUCCGUCGAUAUGGCCAAAUGACAUGAUGAAGUUAUAUAAGAAGGUAACGUAUAAGAAGUGCCGGGCAAACGCGGCCUUAAAGUUUAAAAAUUGCUUCGGAUCUGUUAUCUCACAUGCUGCGGCUUGGAAAAAAAAGACAAUAAAAAUUUCACACUGACUGACUAUUACAACUCUCUCCACUUUCUUGACCUAAUCGCAGAAAAAUGUAUGGACAAAGUGGAAACAAGUACUUGUAAAUGGAGAGUACAGAACGGUCACGCCUGCUCACUAGGUUACAUGAAGUAUGAAUGCUUUAAAACCUGCGUUUGUGGUAUGUUUUAUUUUUCUCAAACUUUAAAUUCCGAUAAAACUAUUACUAAUAAUUAGCAAUUAUUGAAUAAGGCUGAGUAGGAUAUGAAGAAUUAUACAGAUCGAGGAGGAUGUUAUCAACCUGGGCAAUCAGAAACGGCGAAACAUAUUUUGAGUGAAUAAUAAAUGACAUUUAUUUCCCUCAACAGUAUUGCAAUUAUUAGCGCAAUUGCAAGGCCGAGCAAAUCAGGCACUGAAAAAUGAAUUCAAAUGGAACACAACAAGGGUUAGAGUCCCAGCUGGCAAACAGGCAAACUAGCUGGCUAUGCCACAAGCGUGGCCGAGGAGUUAAUCUCUGGACUACCGAGAACAAAUCCAGCUAGCGGUCAGGGUAGGACUUGAACUUGGGACGGCUGAGUUGCAAGUUCAACUCUCAAACUUAACCGCUCGGUCAUCAUAAGGCAAUCAGCUUUAGUUGGUUGUUAUAGAGGCAGUUGCCUUGGCCAAACCAUGCCUGACUUUUUUCUUUUUGUACUAUUAUUAAACCUCUCCAAAAAGGAUGAGAACAACCCCGAUAGUGGGGUGAAUUACUUUUCAUGGCUCAAAUAUAUACCAAAAUUCAUCGAGAAUCUGUUUAACUUCUUUGACAAUUUACAAGGUACUUUUAGACCAGUUUUUAACUUUUUAUUGCCAAGAUGUAAGGUUUAAGGCUCAGUUAUAGCACUUUUUUGCCAACAGAACACCUACCCCGCAGAAAUGGUGGGCCCAUCUCCUUCUCCACCCUGCAUGAAUGUUGUUCAGUCGGUGUCAGAAAUGAUCCAUCAUUAUUGUGUUUUGGUUUGGGGGUAGAGGGUGUGUGUGUGGGGGGGGGGGGGGGGGGGGGGGGGGGGGGUUUUGCUUUUGGGGGGCUUGUGGGAGGGGUUUAUUGUGAAAUAGCAUGGGGAUUUUGCCCCACAACCCCCCCCCCCGGGGAAGAAGUGGGGCCCUUUCUCUCGCCCCCCCUUGUGUGUUUGUUUGUGGGGGGGUGGAGAAGUGUUUGUUUGUUUUGGUGUUUGUGGGGGGGGGGGGGGGGGGGUUGGGGGGGGGGGGGGGGGGGGGAGGAGGGGAGAGUAUUUACAAUUGCGAGUGCUUUCAGGAGCGUUAUCUUGAAACUAGACAUGGGAACGCCCAUUUUUCAUAACGUUUUUGUUCAAGAUUGUAGCUUAUUUCCCACUGGAUUUGAUUUGUAAAGUAGUAGCUUUCACCAUCAUGUUUCAUUGCAAUCUCUUCAAUUUACUGACAGAUCUUAUGCCGACGCCACAACCAAAAACUCGUCCUACUGUGGUGACUCAACCGACGCCCACUACUCCUCCAGCACUCACCCACCCUAUUCCGACAAAGAGUCCAUCAACAACAGGUACGAAUGAAUAUUUUUUUCGCUAGAGGGCCUUUGUCACUGUUUCACCGGUCAUGACUGAUUUGCGACCUACAAAAUUGAAAGCAAAGAAAGUUCAAAAUGUUACUUUCAGUUGGUGCGAAUAGAAAAAUCACCUGAAGACUGAAGAUAUCCGAGUAAUAAAGAUUAGGAUUUGACGGAACACAGCAGCCAUCUCCAUUUGUUCCAGCCGUGGUUCCCCUGUCUUUGGGACUUGCCAAGGAUUACUGUUUAUGCAUUUUACUGUAUAAUUUUCGUCAAAAAAAAAAAACGGUGCUCCGUCUUAAGAGCUGCGUGUCCACAGGAAAAUCAACCGGUAGUCUACCGACUGUUUCCGUACUAGGAAACAAAACGCAAGCAGAAGGUUUUAAGAUUUAGGAGCUCUGUAAGUAACAGAUGGCCGUAGGGUUCGAUAGGGUUCUGCCUGUUGACUUGAUUCUUGUUUGUUCCUAUCUUUUCUUCUUCUCUUUGUACAAAGCACAGUCUCAAAAACGUUGUUGUGAAAAGAAAAACUGAAAGAUUUAACUGAAAAGAGUUUUGGUUUGUUAAAAAAAAAACAGUUAGGGAAAAGGAAAAGUUCAGCAAUUCUCGUAUGGAGUCAAAUCUCCGCAGGUAAGGACGUUAUAGGUAGGCUACAUCAAAUUUUCAAACUUAUCAACUUUGGAGGUUUAAAAAGAAAUGGAUCCUCAAAAUGUGUUUGUUUGCUUGUUUAUUUCUCCGCCACUUUUCAAAAUUAAAGUUUAAAAACUUUAAUUUUGUGCCGCUGUGUGUUUUAAUGUAGUCUUUUAUAUCCACUGAACUAGCCGACCGGCCCGGAGGUAACUCUUACUGCAAGCAGGCAAUGACAGGACCUUUAUCAUUAAUUUAUAGAAUGUAAGGACACUUGUACUUUGCACUGUGAGUUCUGGGCAGGUCUUGGGGAAUGUAAGAAGCACGCAGACUGGAUGAGAAGUAAAUGCAUGAAGAGUUGCGGAGUUUGCAGUAAGAGCAUACAAUUCCAACUCCCCAAUAUAAGAGUAACAAAUUUAAAUAUGUGUAAUAGUUAAAAUCGGAAGUUUAAGCCUCUCUAAAUAUGAAGAGGAAAAAAAGUGUGCGACCACGCGCGGGAGCAUCUAUCUUCUUAUAUGACGGCACGGGAUGCGCCACAUCGCGAGAAAAUUGGAAUUAGACCCCUAGAGGAAAAUCAAAUAUCCAGUGCGCGAAUCAAACGUCAUUUGAACCCCAAACAGACACCAUUCGCAGACAACCAAAUACAAAUAACAAUUGGUCAUUGAAUGCUUCCCUCUUUUUUCUCCUUUUCUUCUUCCGGUUUCGUUAUUUCUUCACGCACAGUUUUAAGCUGUCUGUAUUUCUCGUGUUACCCAAACAACAUUGGUUAAGGGGAGGGGGAAAACAAGCAUUCAUUUGCUGAUUUUUUCUAGGAUGACACUGUCAGAUAAAAAAUAAGUAUUUUUGCGAUGAAUCUCAACAGAUUUUGCCCGAGGUUGUAGUUAUUUCAUUUUUUUUUUCAACACCCUUAGCUAGUGAUCCCAAAUCUGCAAAUUAAACUCCCAACUCAGGUUGAUGUGCCUCCAAAGUCCUGUAACAAAGGAAAAAAAUUGAGUAAACAAAUAUAGCACUGGUAGUUGUCAGGGGCACCCAACGACGGUUUCUUAAACACUUUUUACCGAUUCUAUCCAGAAUACUUUUGGAUCUCUAGAAAUGCAUUCUAAUCUGCGCAAUCAAAUUUGUACCUGUUCGGUCCUCUUAGGGGAAAUUGAGUCUUUUCGAAAUUACGAGGGAUUCAGUAUUUUUCCCGAAAAUUUUAGAUGCAAUUUUUAAAACAUGGUACAAAGGGGAGAAUCUUUCUGAUUCCUCUCUCCAUAACAUUUUAAAUCCGAAAAUUUUAGGUUUCCUUUUUUCUACGAAAAAUAUCCUUACCUGAGGAGUGAAAUGUGAAAAAUUAAAUUUCAGAAAAUCUUAGGAAUUUAUUAAAUGAACUUCGAAAAUUGUACAUGAAAGGAACGGUCAUCUAGAAAUUUUUAGCCGUCCUCAAGUAAUAGAAAAUUCUAGGCAGUAUUUGCCUCUCCGAACAGUUAUUUUACAGAAAACAGUUGUUGAGUGCCCCUGAGUUGUGGCCCAUCUGUGCAAGACACUACUUAAUAAGGCAUCCCUAACAACCGUACAGUUGGAAUAAUGAUAGAAAGUAGUGCACAGAAUACUUAUGUGAAAUAAUAAUGUGGAAUUCCUACUGAACGCUUUUUCUGCCAGCCUGUCAAGAUGUGUACAACACUGCACAAUGCAGGGGAUGGGCGGCCACUGGUGAAUGCAAGAAGAAUUCUUUAUGGAUGGAGGUGAAUUGCCCUAAGAGCUGUCUUGUUUGCGGUAAGUAAAAUUCAAGUAAACUUUUGACCAAUACCUUUAACAUCGUUGGUGAAUGGGAAAUCUACAGUGUGGAAUGAGACCACUGAGGUGGAAGGGAAAUACGGACAUACAUACUUACACAGUUUACAGCUAGCCAUUACGACACCGGCUAAAGAAGGUUAUCCGUAUAUUAAGAUCUCUUCUUACAGAUAACCCACCCACCCCGGGAAAGGUUGGCCCUACCACUGGGGUCUAUGUCCCCUACUCUUUUCGAACAAUGGUGUGGGUACUUCACGCCCACACGAGAACAAAAUAAGUGAAAGUGCUGUGAGAUGGGACCUACGGUUUCUCGUCCUUAUCCGAGAAGACUAGAAAGUCUAACCGUUUGUAGAUGUCAUUUCUAAGGCAGCACAUUCUUCCCAGUUAUUUGAAGACCCUGAGUGUUGGUCCACCCGGGGUUUGAACCCACGACCUCCCCCUCAGACUGCUGCUCUCCCAACUGAGCUAACCAGGCGGCGGUAUCCAAGGAAUGAAUCACUAUCCAGGUGAUAAGCAUCAGUGCUUUUUUUCAGAUUGUCAUGACCAGAACACCAAGUGUGGAGGAUGGGUCAAAAGUGGACUGUGUGACAGCGGGAAGUAUAUAACAUGGAUGCAUAAGAACUGCAAGAAGGGUUGCAAAAAAUGCUGACACCAUGUGGUGAUCCAUAUUUAAACAGUGGUCUGUAGAUGACUGCUUUGAUUCUAGACUUUUCAUAGUUGAUUUUUAUUGUAGGCUUUUAAGAUCCCUGAAUGCGUGAAGUAAUCCGCCUGCAAAGCAGGUGUGUAUGAAACUAAACAUGAAAUGUUGGAUUAUCAAAGCACCCCCACCUCCCUUACUAAUUGAUAGAUUCCACUGGUUAAAUGUAUUAGCGUAAGGUAAAAUCUUGUUUUGGUAUUUUGUUCACUUGCUGUGGUGUGAGUAUACUCACUGCCUUAGUUCUUUGGUCUGUUGCAUGACAUA